ACAGCAGGUGCUAUGGAAAGUGAAAACAGUUCUCGAUGAUUAUUGGAUUGUUUUUACAUUUUUAAGAUAUUUGAUAGAAUUCCGAAUUCCCUAAAGGGGAAUGAGAGGAAACAGUCAUCAUGAACGAUAGUCGUAUUCCGAUAGUAGAGCCUACUGUAGAUUAUACAAAGGUCCCACCAAUUCACCAGAAACGCACUGUAUCAUUUAUAAAUCAUUUUGUAGUCAAUACAGUAUCAUUUUUGAAUAAAUUCGCGUUAAAUUGCGAAGAACGACUUUUUGAAUUUGAAAAUAAACUGCAGAGGGUAGAGGCUUCUCUGGUAAUUCUUGAAUCUCGACUUGCAUCAAUCCCUGGACUAGAUUCCACCCCCCUCGAAAGAACCGCCUGUGAUCCUAAGAAUGUUGAGACUGACAAUAAACUACAGAUAGAGCCAGAGAAACAAGACGUGCCAGUGGACAUCGAUGAGCUAGACAAAACCAUCGAAGAAAUAAAAGUACAACCGGAACCAGAAGUGCAAUCUCCGGAGCUUCAACCAAUUAGCAAACACCCACUCUAUGAAAAAUACUUCAAAAUGGUCAACAUCGGAGUUCCGAAGCCAGCUGUGAAACAAAAAAUGACCCAGGAAGGCCUCGAUCCAUCUCUCCUCGAUGAUGCCCAACGACAAAUACCCAAAGCUGCUCCAGACGCACGUCAAGACGAAUAAAUCAAUCGUUUGUGUAUUUUUUUACUCAAUGAAAUUAAUAAAUAAUAAACAGGUGUUUAUAAAUUCUUGAGAAUUUAUUGAUUUUUUUAAUACAAUGUAUAUCCAAGAUAUCAGCUUAGAACUGGAUCAUCUGACCCUGUAAAAUGAAGAAAAAAAAACAUUUUGGAGUGAGUUUUAUAGGAAUGUUUAUGAAAUAAAACUAUUUUGUAGUGAUGUAGAGCGUGACAAGCCAAAUAUACCACUGUGCUGAAUCAUGUAUUUAUAUUAUGUAUUGAUGUCUCUUGACAUUUCUUUUCGACAUACUCUCG